AUGGAAAAAGCGCGUGACGUGCCGUUAGAUAAGCGCAUUACAUAUAAAGCACUAGGACAUGCCAUAGGUGUUAACAAGAAUAUAUUGCUGAGAAACAAAAAAGAAGGGAUUUUACGACGAAUUUCAAGUCCAUUAAAGCCACAUUUGAAUGAAAACGAUAUGAAAAGUCGUCUUAGAUUUUGCUUGUCCAAUCUCGAGGAUAGUAGCAUUCCUCAAGAACCGAAGUUUAAGUCAAUGUAUAAUGUCGUCCAUAUCGAUGAAAAAUGGUUUGAAAUGACUAAAAAAAACAAGAAAUAUUACCUUUUAUCAUAUGAGGCUGACCCACAUCGUACGUGCAAAAACAAAAACUACAUUACUAAGGUCAUGGUUUUAGCCGCAGUGGCUCGACCUAGAUUUGACAGUGAUGGUAACGAGACGUUUUCAUGUAAAAUAGGCAUGUUUCCCCUAGUUCAUGAAGUACCUGCAAUAAGGUCAAGUGUCAAUAGGGCAACAAGAACACUUGUUACAAAACCGAUUACUUCCAUAACUAAAGAAGUGUAUCGUUGGUUCUUGAUAAACAAGGUUUUACCGGCAAUCAAAGAAAAAUGGCUGCGUGAAAGUGUAGGUGAAACCAUUUACAUACAACAAGAUAAUGCACUGUGUCAUAUACGUGUAGACGAUGCAGAAUUUUGUGCAGCGGCUUCUGAAGGUGGGUUCGAUAUUCGUCUGACUUGUCAACCACCAAAUUCUCCGGACUUGAAUGCUUUGGACUUGGGUUUUUUUAGUGCUAUUCAGUCUUUGCAACAAAGGGAAGUGACCAAAACAGUCAAUGAGCUUAUCCAAGCUGUGCAAAAUGCCUUUGACACAUUUUCUAGUAUAGAUUCAAACAAGAUUUUUCUGUCGCUCCAAUUAGGCAUGAUUGAGAUAAUGAAGGCCAAAGGAAAUAAUGAUUACAAAGCUCCUCAUAUGCAAAAAGUUGCGCUUUUUAGACAAGACAAGCUACCCACUACCCUAGAUUGUGAUUGGCACUUGGUCACUGAAACUAUGGAAUACUUAAACAAUGUUCAGUAA